AUGAAUCAGGGAAAUCAGUUCCAAAGGAGGACUCGCACAGUUGAAUCAGGGAAGGAAUGCUCCCGGGAAUCACCCGCAGGGAACGAGAAGCUUGGCGGCCCAGCAGACGUGGUUCAGAUUAGAGCCAGGGGCCGGGAGGGGCCGGGAGAGCCCGGAAGAUCAGGCACCCUCAGGUUGGCUCUGCAGCUGCGCACAGGGGGCAUGCCAUCAAUAAGAAAUAGGGGAUUUUCCUUAUUAGGAGGAAUGCCUAGCCAGAUUGGUGAUGACGUUGCUCAAGCCAACGGGCAUCUGAAGUUCACAUGA